AACAAAUCAUAGGUGUGACGCAGCACAGUCUAAAUCCUCCAUCAGCUCUGCUUCCUGUCUGGAAUAAAUCCCGGGUUUUGUCGGUGUUUAUCGCGCAGUCACGCGUCCCACGCACAGACCCGCAGUCCUCAGAGCCAGGGACCGGACCGGACUCGGUUCUUGUGUCAAACAGCAGCUUUAUGCGGAGGGGCGGUCCGGCGCAAACGGUCAGCAGGUGGAGCUUAUCAGCAUUUCGUCUUUGCCUUAUAUUUUCACUUUCCUGCACGCCGAGUUUGUGUGAGAGCAGCGAGCUUCAGGAGGAACACCAGAAAACCGGAGCAUCUUCAGUCAUGGCCGCCAUCAGCAGCUCAAACACAGAUUUCGCCCUGGAGUUGUUUCGUACUCUGAGCCAAGCAAACCCCUCCGGGAACAUCUUCCUCUCCCCGCUGAGCAUCAGCUCGGCGCUGGCGAUGGUCUACCUGGGAGCUGAAGGCGACACCGCGGCUCAGAUGGCAAAGGCUCUGUCGUUCAGCUCUGGUAAAGCUGUCCAUGCAGACUUCCAGAUGCUCAACACCGACAUCAACUCUCCAUCAGCAUCUUACAUCCUGAAGCUCGCCAACCGUCUUUAUGGAGAAAAGACCACCAAUUUUCUUCCCAAAUUCCUGGAGGAGACUCAGAAGUUCUACCAGGCGACCCUGGAGGCCGUUGAUUUCAUCGGGUCUCCAGAGGACUGCAGAGCGGAGAUCAACAGCUGGGUAGAGCAGCAGACGGAAAGUAAGAUAAAAGACCUUCUGAAGCCAGGAAUGGUCACCCCCAUGACGAGGCUGGCUCUGGUGAACGCCAUCUACUUCAAGGGAAACUGGAUGAACCGCUUCGAUGUGGCGAACACCAAGGAGAUGCCGUUUAAGGUCAACCAGAACGAGAGUAAAACUGUCCACAUGAUGUACCAGAUGAAGAAGCUCCCCUACAACUACAUCCCUGACUUCGGGCUGCAGAUUCUGGAGCUGCCGUACGUAGACAACGAGCUCAGCAUGCUCAUCCUGCUGCCCGAGGAGUCUGCAGACGGCUCCAACCCGCUGCUGAAGCUGGAGAAGGAGCUGACGCAGGAGAGGCUGAGCGAAUGGACCAACAGAGCAAACAUGGACGUCCAGUCAGACGUCCUCGUCCACCUGCCGAAGUUCAAGCUGGAGGAAGAGUACGAGCUGAACGAGCCCCUGGCUAAACUGGGCAUGACUGACGUGUUCUGCUCCGGCAAGGCCGACCUGUCUGGCAUGAACGGAGACGGGGGGCUCUUCUUGUCGACGGUGGCCCACAAGGCCUUUGUGGAGGUGAACGAAGAGGGAACAGAAGCAGCUGCAGCCACAGCUGGCAUGAUCUCCUUCUGCAUGCUGAGGGAGGAACACUUCACAGCAGACCACCCCUUCCUCUUCUUCAUCAGGCACAACAAGACCAAGUCCAUCCUCUUCUUCGGCAGGUUUUCUUCUCCUCAGUAGACAGAAACGGCUGAAACUAAAAAUUAAUAAAUUCAAGUUUCUACAAA